GCCAUGUGGGUUCAGCCGAAUGAGAAGCAAAACCACACUUCCGAAAAUGUUAGGAGCUGCUCCUCGCUUGCUGUGAGGCCUCUGGAUUAGGAGCUGUUUUUCAAAUGAAAGCAUAUCUACUGAAUGGAAUUUUAAUAUUUUGCUGUCAUUUUGAUGUUUUCAUCUGGUCUUCAUCACUUCUACGAGGCACUUCCUGCGAGAAUGGGGGCAGGCGCUCUGGCCAUCUGUCAAAGUAAAGCAGCGGUUCGGCUGAAAGAAGACAUGAAAAAGAUAGUGGCAGUGCCACUAAAUGAGCAGAGAAAUUCUUCCUAUAAAAAGUUAUUUGGCGUCAGCCUCCAAGACCUCCAGCAGCAAGGGCUCACAGAGAACGGCAUUCCAGCUAUAGUGGGGACUCUAGUGGAUUACUUGACGAAGCAUGGACUCACCCAGGAAGGCCUUUUUAGGGUGAAUGGCAAUGUAAAGGUGGUGGAACAGCUCCGAUGGAAGUUUGAGAGUGGAGCGCCUGUGGAGCUUGGAAAGGAUGGUGAUGUCUGUUCCGCUGCCAGUCUAUUGAAGCUCUUUCUGAGGGAGCUGCCAGAGAGUGUGAUCACCUCAGCAUUGUACCCUCGAUUCAUUCAGCUCUUCCAGGAUGACAGAAAUGAUGCUCAGGAGAAUAGCUUAAGAGACUUAAUAAAAGAGCUGCCAGACACCCACUACUGCCUCCUCAAGUACCUAUGCCAGUUCUUGACCAAAGUAGCCAAGCACCAUGUAGAGAAUCGCAUGAAUGUUCACAAUCUCGCCACUGUAUUUGGGCCAAAUUGCUUUCAUGUGCCACCUGGGCUUGAAGGCAUGAAAGAACAAGACAUCUGCAACAAGAUAAUGGCUAAAUUACUAGAAAAUUAUAAUACUCUGUUUGAAAUAGAGCAUACAGAAAAUGAUAACCAGAAAUAUGAAAACCUGGCUAGGCUUAUCAUAGUAAAAGAGGCCAGUUGUAAGAACCCCUUACCUAAUAUCCUUCUAACAAAAGACUUAGAAAGAGACAUGCAAAAACCAUCUCUAAAAACCAGGAUCCCCAAAUCCAGGAGUGAAGGGUCUAUUCAGGCCCACAGAAUUCCACAAACAGAGCUAUGUGAUGGCCUUCCUCAGGUCAGCCUGCAGCUAAGUCGUAGAAAACCCUAUUGGGAUGACAUGAGUUCAGCAGAGGAUGCUAAUGUUGCAAAGUUGGUAUCCAGUUCGCAAGAAGAUGAAAGACCUAUAUCACCUUUCUAUUUGAGUACGCAUGUAUCUCAAGUCAGCAGUGUUUCGACGACUGGAGAACUCUUAGAAAGAACCAUCCGGUCAGCAGUAGAACAGCAUCUUUUUGAUGUUAACGGCUCUGGAGGCCAAAGUUCAGAGGACUCAGAAUCUGGACCAUCAUCAGCAUCUUCAGCCACAUCAGCCAGACAGCGCCGCCGCCAGUCCAAAGAGCAGGAUGAAGUUCGACGUGGCAGAGAUGUGGGACUUAUCAACAAAGAAAAUAUUCCUUCCGGGUUCAACAGCCUCGAAGAUUGUAUUUUGAAUGCUCAGGAAGUGGAAAAGUUAUAUGAAAAUACUUCCAGUUAUAUUGGAGAAAGGGGUAAACCUAAACGUCAGAAAUCCAGUUCCAAACUUUCUGAACUCAAUGAAAAUCAAGAUGGUCUUCUGAAUAUGGAAAGCCUCAGUUCUACAGCAUCUCAUGAGAGGCCUGGGGCUGAUGACGUUGAACUGAUGUCCGAUGAAAGCAAAGAAAAUGAAAAAGACGGCAGACACACCCCGCAUUUUGAGAGCCCCACAAUGAAGAUUCAGGAGCAUCCCAGCAUACCUGACACCAAACUGCAGAGGACUCAAGAUACCGAUGACCAGCAGGAGAGCUUUGUCUCCGAAGUGCCGGAGCUGGACCUGACUGCAUUGUGUGAUGAGAAGAGCUGGGAAGACCCUGUCCCUACCUUCUCAUGGCAGCAGGAGAGUGUGGACUCUGAUGAAGCACGCCUCUCCCCACAGGCUGGACGCCUGAUUCGCCAGCUUCUGGAUGAAGACAGUGACCCUAUGCUCUCUCCUCGGUUCUAUGCUUAUGGGCAGAGUAGGCAAUACCUGGAUGACACGGAAGUGCCUCCUUCUCCCCCAAAUUCCCAUUCUUUCAUGAGGCGCCGGAGCUCCUCUCUCGGGUCCUAUGAUGACGAGCAGGAGGACCUGACACCUGCCCAGCUCACACGAAGGAUUCAGAGCCUUAAAAAGAAGAUCCGAAAGUUUGAAGAUAGAUUUGAAGAAGAGAGGAAGUACAGACCUUCCCAUAGUGACAAAGCAGCCAAUCCUGAGGUUCUAAAAUGGACAAAUGACCUUGCCAAAUUCCGGAAGCAGCUUAAAGAGUCCAAACUGAAGAUAUCUGAAGAGGAUCUAACCCCCAGGAUGCGGCAGCGAAGCAACACGCUCCCCAAGAGUUUCGGUUCCCAGCUUGAGAAAGAAGAUGAGAAGAAGCAAGAGCUCAUAGAUAAAGCAGUAAAGCCUAGUGUCGAAGCCACGCUGGAAUCCAUCCAGAGGAAGCUCCAGGAGAAGCGGACAGAAAGCAGCCGUCCUGAGGACAUUAAGGAUAUGACCAAAGACCAAAUUGCUAACGAGAAAGUGGCUCUGCAGAAAGCUCUGUUAUAUUAUGAAAGCAUUCAUGGGCGGCCGGUAACCAAGAAUGAACGUCAGGUUAUGAAACCGCUAUAUGACAGAUACCGGCUCGUCAAACAGAUCCUGUCCCGAGCCAACACCAUACCCAUCAUUGGAUCCCCCUCCAGCAAGCGGAGAAGCCCUUUGCUGCAGCCAAUCAUCGAGGGAGAAACUGCUUCCUUCUUCAAGGAGAUAAAGGAAGAAGACGAGGGUUCGGAGGACGAUAGCAACACAAAGCCAGACUUCACAGUCACUCUGAAGACUGAUUUCAGUGCACGGUGCUUCCUGGACCAAUUUGAAGAUGAUGCUGAUGGAUUUAUUUCCCCGAUGGACGAUAAAAUACCGUCAAAAUGCAGCCAGGACACCGGGCUUUCGAAUCUCCAUGCUGCUUCAAUACCAGAACUCUUGGAACACCUUCAGGAAAUGAGAGAAGAAAAGAAAAGGAUUCGAAAGAAACUUCGUGAUUUUGAAGACAAUUUUUUCAGACAAAAUGGAAGAAAUAUCCAGAAGGAAGACCGGGCUCCCAUGGCUGAAGAAUACAACGAAUAUAAGCACAUAAAGGCGAAACUAAGGCUCUUGGAGGUGCUCAUCAGCAAGAGAGACACUGAUUCCAAGUCCAUGUGAGGAGGCCAGCCCCCAGCCUGAGCAAAGGGGGCAGAAGGUGCGGGCCGAGCUUGUCACCCACUUCCCCUAGUUAAUAGCGGCUCUGCAAAAACUGGAAGGCAGCACUGGUACUGGACCUGCAAAGCAUGUGGCCCGUCCGCCUCCGGGCCUUCGGGGGUCAGCUCCGGUUUCCAUUGCCUGCCGCAGAAACUGCCUAGAUGGAAGAGGGCAACUUGCCUCCAUUUAAGAAUUUGGUGAGGAAAAGACAAGACCCUGCAGGCACACGUGGCCCCGCCAGGGAAGCCUUCCUAGCGCUAGUGGUGGUGGAUCACUACAUGGACACCCGCUCAUUUGCAGAGAAUACACACUGUUCUCCCCUGGGUAACUGAGAAACAUGUCUAACUGUGAUGUAAAAACAAACCAACCAACCAACCAGCUCAGGACUUCACUCUGGACAGCGAGCUUGCUAUGCAGGUCCAUGUUCUCUUCGCACCCAGGAAAGCAGGAACGUGCGUUGGAGCCCUAUUUGCUGCCGCAGGGCCAUUCCCAUGACUUCUCCAUAGAGCUGUCCCUCACCUGUCGCGUGAAUGGACCCCCCCCCCCUUGGUUCUCAGGUAGACGGGAGCCGUGUCCGCCCCGCUCAGUGGCACAGUCAUCUGUUUGCUGGUGUGUUUCUUUAACACACCCUCAGCUGACGCAGAAUUUUGAUUCUGGACUAGGACUGGAUCAUCUGCGGAGGACAGAGGGAAUAUAGCUAGGUUAUUGCUGAUUUCGAAAUCAGGCAACAGGGUGAAGAGCCUGAAAGAUUCUUUCCCGAACGUGGAUUGCACUUAAUUGGUCUCAGAUUUUCACAUCGAACACUAAGCAAAGCCAGCAUGCUAUGGCAUCCUGUUUGGGGCUUGAUUUCAUUUUGGCUCUAGCCACGCAUUAAAGGAUCUUGCUUAAUUCUUAGCUUAAGUGUUGAGGAUCAUGAGAGAGAGAAAGAAAGCGCCUGUGUUCUAAGCCUUCCGAGUAUUUACCAGAGUUUAAAGGUUUUUUCUAAAGUAAACCUGCACUAAAAUCCCCUCACUGAGGGGUAACAUGUAGCCCUGAGAACUCAGCCCAAGGCAGAAUCCAAAUCACACUAUUUUCAAGAUCAUGUAUAAGAAGAAAAAUAACGGUGUGUGGUCACUUAAUGAUUAUAAUUUUUUCAAAGACUAUAUCACAAAAGCUGUCUAUAUCAGACAUUUUGGGAAGACCAGGGAAUUUAAAACACCAGAUCAUUCAUCUCUUCACUGUGCUGAUGUCGCCUUGUGAUUUGUUGUUACUUUUGAACCUUCUGUGUCUGCACGGAAGAAAGUGAAUUCUGCUUCUGCCUUCCGUCCAAGGCCCGGGUUUGCGCUCGGCGAGGUGGGCUCUGGUGUGUGCACACCAGCUGCUGGCUGCCAGGAGAAGGCAUCUGAGCAGCCUCUGCCGUUUUGAAGAUAACACCACAGGAUGAACAGGAAGUCAGGCUGCCCUCCUAUAGGUUUUGAGAGUUGCCAUCUUAAAGGAUACCGUUUUGGUUUGUUUGUUAAGAAGAGAAAAAUAAAGAGAACAUAAAACUCUACUGACCAGUUGUCAGCUUCAAAAUGAGUUCUUGAGAAACUGGUCGGAUGGGACUGACUUACGGAGGUGUUUUCCAUUGCUGAAGUGAGGUGGAAGCUGUCCAGUUUUCCACUGGAAACAAUGGAAAACUGUUCUAAGUCGGGAGGAGGGGGAAAAGAAUACCUUUAAGUUUGCUCUUAAAAAUAAUCCUAUAGAAGCAUGAGCUGUGUGUUGGAAGUGCCCUGUGUUAAUCCACACAUUGAAAGACGGUACAUAACCCUACAAAUUUAACUGUACAUGAAUAUGUAGUUUGGUAUUCUUUGCUCUACUGUUUACAUUGCAGAUCACUAUAAUUUCAAGGAGUUAUAUUAUAAAUAAAAUUAAGCACUUUAGGACAUUUUC